CAUUUAUUUCCCCCACACCAUGCGCCACUGCUGAAUAGCAAAUAAGCAACAUUGUUUAUUUAUUUGGCAACGACGAUGACGAGGGAUUUGAAAUUAUGUGUUAGAAAUUGUACAAUUAUGGAUAUUAUGGUCGUAUUACGAUUAUAAUGUAUUGUUAACGGUUUGCAAUGUAAAUCACAUUGUUUAUUUAACACAUACGUGAGGUGUGUAUAUCGGGGAAAGAUUAUUGACGAAUAAUUGAUAUUCAUUAAAAUUUCAAUAUGACAACGUUAAAAGGUGUUUUUCCUGAUACAAAACCGAUAAAAGGAAAAAAUUUUAUACACGAAAAUGUGAAGAAUCUCCGUCGCUUAGAAAAUUUACACAACAAACAGGAUUUGCACAGAUCGCAAGCGAAUAAUCGAAAGAAAAUUAAACACGAAAGCAAUGUUAAUAGUAAAUUAAGUAGCAAUAAACGGACAGAUGAAAAUCAAGAGUUAUGCAAAAAGUGUAGUGCACCUAUGCUGAAUCAUAAGAAUAAUAAUUAUGUGAAGAAAACGAUCCAUUCGACUAGUAACAAUUUAUUAUUGGGCACGGAGAAAAAGAAAGAAUCCAGUGGUAAAGGAUCACAUAAAUCAGGGCAAAAGUUGAAAGAAAAAGUAGUGAUUGAACCAGAUUCAAAUUUCUCAUGUAAUUCUGAUGGAGAUAAUGCUGAUAAUAAUAUGGAAAAGAAAGUUACGUUUCGGAAUCAAGGAAUUCAAACUUUAGAUGAUAAGGAAGUGGAAGAAUUGUAUAAUCAGAAAACUGAUAAGAAUGUAAAAGAAAAUUUACCGUCAGAUCGUGGAGACAGUAACCAGAUCCAAAAUCCUCAAAGUAAAAAUGAACCAGUAAAAAAUGCCAAAGCUUCGUCGUUGAAGGAAGAAAUAAAUUUCAUAAAAUUUAACAAAGAGAAUACUGCAGUAAAUAAAACGGGAAUACAUGCUAACAACUCCAAUAAUAGCAAUAUUAUUCCUGCCAAUUAUCGUAUGGGCAUGGUACCAAAGAAAGAGGUUCAAGAGAAAGUGCAGAAAACUAAAGAGGAGUUGGAUCCAAAUUGUCCGAAAGGUCAUCUACCUCUGCCGGAUAUUGAAAGAAAAGAAACGUUACGAAUGUUGAGAAAAAAUUAUCAAGAUUACGUGAAUGAAUUAAAUAUGAUGCCUAUAAAGGUGGAUACACUCAGGGCCCAACGACGUAAAAUUGAAAUAGAGAAACAACUAAACAAAUUAGAAGAAGGCAUAAAAGUCUUUUCGAGGCCAAAGGUUUAUGUAAAAAUGAACGCUUGAUUUAUUAUAUAAUAUAUUUUGUCGUAAAAAAAUUAUGAAAGGCACUCGUCUGCUUAGUACUCUCGAGGAAAAGAAUUUUAAGAAUAGAUAAAUGAACUGUACUUUAUAGGAUGAUUUCUUCGAGCAACUACACAUUCCUCUUUUCUAUGAUGAUUUCGUAUACUUCAGUCUGUUAUCUAAG